CUUGUUCCUACGAAUUCCAGUUCUAUGUCGGCAAAGUUAUUACUUCUCUCUCCAUUUCCUUUUUUUCUUUUCUUCUUUUUUAAAGAAAAUGUCAGUAAUCAAAGAUUUCAUUACCAUUUACUUGCUUAAAGUUAUAAAUCGGCAAACGACUAUUUUUCUUGUAACAGUUUUGUUCGGUCUGUUUUAAACUGAACAAAAGUCUAAAGCCUUUAAAUUAAACGAUUAGUUAAGGGUGGUUGGUAUUUUACACAGAAUCUUGUUGGCGCUGAACGUGGACAACAUCGACAGUUGAUAUAUCCUACUGCCGAGUUCCUUCCCAGAAAUAGCCGAAGAUGUACAGUACAGAUUCCCAGAUGGUUACAGGACACUGCCUGAGAAACAUUUGGUUUUCCAUAUUAUCAUGUAAGUCACUUACUUCCUAAACCCAACAACAAUUUUUGUAAUAUACUUUUCAAAAUAGCCAUGACUACCUAUCCAGUAGAUGGUACCAUGCACAAUGGUUCAUACCCUUGGGUCACCCCAAGUUCCUUGGGCCAAAAGAGUUGGCCCCCUGGUUACCAGGCCAGUCUGACAGAUCUCUUCCUGAAGAAGAAUCCACUUCACUUUGGAACAGGAAUUUCUCAACUUGCAGCUGCAUCUAGUUACAUCGAGAAGAUGUCGUCCCUAAAUGAUCAUGUUCAGAAAUGUCCUCAUCCUGAUGCUAAAGACAAACCACACCCUUGUGAGGUCUGCCAACAGUAUUUCUCUAUCUACAAUACCUUGAAAUCAGAUGGAGCAUGUAGUAGUAAUAUCAAUUAUAGUGGGGGAGGAGCAUCUAAUGUUAACCGACCAAUGAGUGCUCCUCCAGAAAGAAAACAGCUUCAAACAUUUCCUCAGCCUCCCACACCUGGAUCAGUUGGUCAGAACCAUCCAUUAGACCAAGAACAGGCACUUCCACCACCACAUCCCUUACAAGACAGACCAUUGAAUAUUAAUGAUCCACUUCCAAUGGGAAAUCAGUCUCUUCGAAGGCCACGUCUUGCUGCCACAAAGCAGUUUAUGUGCCCUGUUUGUUAUAAGUACUUUACUCAGAAAGGCAAUCUUAAGACUCACAUGAUGAUUCACACUGGAGAAAAGCCAUAUUCAUGUCAAGUGUGUGGAAAGAGCUUUACACAGAAAGGAAAUGUAGACACUCACAUGAAGAUCCAUACUGGAGAAAAAGACUUUGGCUGUGAUAUUUGUGGCAAGAGGUUCACUCAGAAAGGUAACCUGAAGACUCAUAUUCGAAGUGUUCACACAAAAGAAAAGCCUUUUGCAUGUCGAGUUUGUGGAAAGUGUUUUUCACAGAAAGGCAACAUGCAGACCCACAUGAGGACGCACAACAAAGAUGAUCGUUUUCCCUGUACCCUCUGUGGCAAGACCUUCUCACAAAAGGGAAAUCUCAAAACUCACAUGCAAAGACACACCGGUCAAGUGACAUCUCGUCGCUUUGAAUCUCAAGUUGGGUCACAUCCUUGUGCCACUGCUCCUCAGCGCUCUUCUGAUUCCUCAGGAGCUACAUCAUUUGCUCCUUAUCGUCUCCACAAGUCUCCAACAGAUCCAAGGGUAUGUGCACCAUCUCCCCUUUCUUCAUCUCCAUCUAAUCAACCCUCAGAAUCUCAUGGUCAAGCUUCUAGAAACAUACAGAGCCCCCCUCCUCAAAUUCUAAAGCCUGUUCCUGAAUCUCACCUACAUAUGAGAACAUCUCCUUUAUCACAGAUGUCUUCAGGAGCCCAGAACUCUCCUCUUUCUCAAAUUUCCCAUGGAGCUCCUCCCUCUCUUGGAACUCACUCACUUAUGGAUCAAAAGUUGUCCACUAUGCCUCAACACCCAGGUUUAUCAAGCCCCUCUCCUCCUGACAUAAUGAACCAACCUCCGGCACACCUUCAUAAACCAUCGGUGCAUUCCCACCAGCAUAUGUCUACACCACUUCAAGGGGAUACAAUUCCUUCUGUAAUGCACAGUCCCUCCCCACAUCCUCGUAUGUCUCCAGUCAAUAGUCCUUCUCCUCAUGGCCCAUUUGGACAAUUAGCCAUUUCCGAAAGUGAAGGACGACCUUUUUAUUCUGCUCCGCCCACGCCUGUACAGGCAUCAUUUGCUCAUUCUCCUCGUUGGCUGUCCCAUGGAUAUCAGAGACAUUACAAUAGUUUCCAACCCCCCUCUACUAUGGGGUCUUAUGGCCCCAUUACCCAACACCCUACCCCUCUUUCCCGUUUGGCUCUCUUGAGUUCUAAUGCUAUGGCUCAUCACCAUCAAUUUUCAAGCUCAUCUCCAGAAGAAAAGCAGAAUUUUUCAACUAAUCUUGCUCACAAUCAACAGUUAGAAUCCCACUACCAUCAGUCAGCAGCUCCGGACUUUUCCCAGUUAGUUGACUAGAGAUCAACGUUGGAAGGUUUUGUUAAUGGUUAAAUAGUACGGUCAGGUAUUUUUAGAAUAACUAUGAUCUUUAAGUUUCUUCCUUCCAACAGAAGCCUAGUUAUGAUCCUUUUCAGGAGCGUGGGAAAGCGGUAUUACGUAAAGAUAUGCUACAUUUUACAAACAUGUUGCUAGGAGAGACAAGUAUCCAAGUGACUACUGGUGUUCAUUCGAGGCAGAUCACUAAAUAUUUUUUAAUGUUAUUGAAGCUAGUCUGUGGAGAGUGUUUUCUGCUCAGCACCUGUGUAAUAUCACGUACGUUAUCAUUUAUACAUGUAGAAUAUAUAUAUAUAUAUAUAAUAAAAUAAAUCAACUUAAUGUCGACUCACAGUUUACCUUGUGAUUAGGUUUUAAAUCUGUUUUUCUCUACGUGAGAGCUACCAGCAUCACAGAUAACUUCCCAACAUAUUUAUUAAUGUUAUAUUUUCUCUGUGGUUUUAGAGGGCUUGUUACCAUGGUUACAACUCUUGUCACUGUACAGUGUUAUCCAGGUGCUUUAGUGCCACUUGAAAUUCAAAAUUCAACAAAAAAAAGAAAAGUGAGAGACUAGGUUAAAAAAAAAAUGAUCUUUGGAAAUAACAGUAGUUUCAGAGUUGUAUAACAUAUAUAUAUAUAUGUUAUCUUCUGUGUGAUGAAUGUAUGAAGAUGUUGUUCUUUAUUGUGUAUACAACCCGUAGAAAAUCUCAUUGUUUUAAUAUGUUAAUUUGUGGAAGAUGACGUGUCAUACCAGCAUAGAGUGUCGAUGAGUAGGUGUAGUUGAUACAAUGUUCCAAGCUUAGCAGUUGGGAUUGAUAAUAGAAUUAUGGCCAGUACUAACUUGCAUCUCUGGCAGAUUGAGGAUUUUCAGAAGGGGAAGCGUAAUUUGGUAUCCUCAGAGAUUGAGGGGGUUUGUAUACCCCCCUGGCUCCAGAAACAACUUAAUUUUUUUUGGUGGGGGGUGAUACGUUGAUUCUGCUCUGUGCUGGAGCCACCGGUGUUUAAUGUCGAUGAUAAUGAUAUACCUGCAUUCGUAGUAAGAGAUUUUUUCACCAGCACCACAAACGGUGUCAUAGAUAGUGAAGUUCAUGCUAGUAUAUUUUUAUACUGAUGUAUCGCAGUGCCAUCCAGCUUUGAUAAUGAUGUGCAAAAAAGAUGUAGAUAAUGAUUUGUGAUACUACACUACUGCUGAGAAUGACGUAUCAUAACCGUUGUACAUGUUAUAGAAGCUUCUAGUACCGUUGAUGUGCUUUUCACAAAAUAUAACACCGUACUGCACUAUCCUCAACAUAAAGUGAUGUUGGUAGCAUUAGGUGUUACCCAAUAUAUCGUUUCUGAUCAUUUGUGCUCAAGUCCACUUGUAGUACUAUUAUUAAAGACACUAUUAGGUUGGCACGUUUUAAACAGGAGUGAGAAGUUAACGACCUUAGUUGACUCAAAAAAACUGAAAGAAGAAAUGUUUUAUCGUACGAGCGUAUGACAAUUCACUCUAGUGUUUUCACCACUUCUAGUACAGACUCCUGUUUAGAGGAAACAUAGUGUGAUAACAAUCUCGCUGAUUUAUUUGGUGGAUGUACUAGGAUGUUUGUCCCGAUGUCGGAAUUCUCUCGUGAUUAGUGAACUUUGCAUUUACUACGCAUUCUUCACCCGAUGAUGAGAUAUCACACUUACUACCUGAUUUAGUGGAUGUUAUGGGUAGUUGUACCACUAGAAUUCACCCUGAAUUAGUAACCAGUUUUGUCUUUAAAACAUUUUUCACCCGAUGACGUUGCAUUCACUUGUUUACCUCAAGUGGAAAGAUUGCAGGGACAACCCACAGUGUGAACGUCGGUAACGUUUUUUUUAACAGUCUCAUCCAUGAUUAACUAAAGUCAUUUACCAUUCUUUGAAUUUAAAAAAAAGCAGAUUGAGGUGUUAAGCCUUGAAUUCUCAUGCUCACGUGUUCUUUAGAAUUCUCCAAGAUCAUUCCAAAUAAUGUAUCACCUUUGUGGUAGAGAAUUUCAGUGAUAAAAGUAUGUUAUUUGCAGUUGUUGUGUGUGUAAACAGAAGUGACUGCAGUGGUGCUUCUUAAAAGGUUGUUAUUUGGUAAAGUGCUACUCAUUUAAUCACUUGUUAUAUUAUCUUUAUCUAAACAACAAUAUAACUGUUCUGGUAAUGAAGUUUGAAAGGUGUUAGUAUUUAUAGCCCAAGGCAUAUGUUUAGCAUUGAUGUAUUCCUUCAAAAGGAAUAAAAAAUAAAGGGUGUAUAUAUAUGUAUGUAUGUACACAAAAGGUGUCCUGUGUACUAGUCGGAGAUUGCAGCUGUGUGUGUUUUGUCUGUAUGUUGCUAUAUGUUACCGAGGUAUUAUAGAGAGCGGCUCAAAUCUGUAUUCUCUGAAGUUUGUCCUGAAUGAGACAAUCCACUUGCUAUUCUUAUCAUUGUCUGGGAAGGUUUAUCAUACAUCUGAUCAUCCUUUUCACAUCCUGAUAAUUCUUUUUCUUUGAAGACACAGAUCCAUUGUUUUUAAUGUAGUUGUCACAUGCUUGUGAUCUUUGUUAAUCACAAUCAUCUCCAACCAGUUUUGUAGUCAAAUUAUCUCUCUCAAUUUUUAAAUUCAAAUCCAUGUUGAAAUUAGGCAGUAUCCUGUCAAACUUUCCACCAGUGAUGAAGUACGUUUACAGCUGUUCCGCCUGUUUUGUCCUACCACACUUUCGACCAGUAAUGAAGUACGUUUACAGCUGUUUUGUCCUACCACAAUUUCCACCAGUAAUGAAGUACAUUUACAGCUGUUCCGCUUGUUUGUCCUACCACACUUUCCACCAGUAAUGAAGUACGUUUACAGCUGUUCCGCCUGUUUUGUCCUACCACACUUUCCACCAGUAAUGAAGUACGUUUACAGUUGUUCUGCCUGUUUUGUCCUACCACACUUUUGACUAGUAAUGAGGUACGUUUACAGUUGUUCUGCCUGUUUUUCGACCAGUAAUGAAGUACGUUUACAGCUGUUCCGCCUGUUUUGUCCUACCACACUUUCGACCAGUAAUGAAGUACAUUUACAGUUGUUCUGCCUGUUUUGUCCUACCACAUUACAGUUGUCGCACCUGUUUUGUUUGCCGUGAGUAAACUGUUACGUGCUGGAUAAUCACCUGCUCACCGGUAUGAAAUGCAGAUUCCCCCAUUAACAUAAGAUUAUCCAGUAUCUUUUUCAAUAAACAUUUUCGUUAUAGUUGACAAGACCCCUGGAUUUUUUUAACUAGUGUUGUCUGUUACAUUAUGUAAUGUACUAAGUGAUAGCUCUGUGGUGUACAGUUAUACACGGCCACGUGUAUCACACGAGGAGUUUCAUCCAAUGACUGAUUGGUUCUGAGUGUUCCAGUAAUAAUGUCUUGUUAAGAUAUUAUUAUAGUAUCAUAACUACUACAUGCUGUAAAAGUUUACCCAGUAAUAAAUUCCCAUCAUGUUAUUGAUACGUCGUGUAAUCUACACGUCUCUAAUUUUGUCAAGAAAUGCCAUUGAGAAAAAUUGUUGGACUCUUUUAAAAUGGUGGUUCUAAAAAUGAUGUCACAGGUGAUAUUCAAUGGGAAUCCAAGGGUGUGUGCGGUCUUGGGAAUUUUUUUUUUUAAUAUCAUUAAAUCAUGAUUUCUGUUUCAAUAUAAAGGUGCUCAUUCAUUUCUUUGGAAUGAUAAUCAGGGUAACAAAAGUUAAUAAUGAUAAUGUACCUAAUAAUAUAAUCCAAGUUUAAUGAAAUGAGUCAAGUCCUUUCUGGUGAUGGCCAUGAUCUUACCUGUCGUAUCAGUAAUACUAUCCAUUAAUAGUUCUCCAAAGAGGUCACUGGUACACAGUCUUACCAUUAUACAGAUUUCAAGAACCAAUGGUGCUAGCCAAUCAGACAAUGCAAGUGAGCUGUAUUUUACGUCAGUGAGUCGUGUUUUUUUAAGAGAUGAUGGAGUGUUUGUGGUGUGUUGUUAAGGUUUUGUAGUACAGAUGCACAAGUUGGACUAGUCAGUCUGUUUGUUUUUAAUUGGUUCUUAGCAGUGUCUUUAGCACUAGAAAUGUUUAGAACCUUAAAAUGGUUUGAUAUGGUUAAUGUAAACUAGUUUCUUAUUUGGUUCUUAGCAGUGUCUUAAGCACCAGAAAUGUGUAGAACCUUAAAAUGGUUGAUGUAAACUAGUUUCUUAUUUGGUUCUUAGCAGUGUCUUUAGCACCAGAAAUGUGUAGAACCUUAAAAUGGUUGAUGUAAACUAGUUUCUUAUUUGGUUCUUAGCAGUGUCUUAAGCACCAUAAAUGUGUAGAACCUUAAAAUGGUUCGAUAUGGUUAAUGUAAUCUAGUUUCUUAUUUGGUUCUUAGCAGUGUCUUAAGCACCAGAAAUGUGUAGAACCUUAAAAUGAUUUGAUAUGGUUUGUGUAAACUAGAUUUUUAACUGGUUCUUAGCAGUGUAUUGAGCACAAGAAAUGUUUAGAACCUUAAAAUGGCUUGACAUGGUUCUUGUAAACUAGUUUUUUAACUGGUUCUUAGCAGUGUCUUAAGCACCAGAAAUGUGUAGAACCUUAAAAUGAUUUGAUAUGGUUUGUGUAAACUAGAUUUUUAACUGGUUCUUAGCAGUUUCUUGAGCACAAGAAAUGUUUAGAACCUUAAAAUGGCUUGACAUGGUUCUUGUAAACUAGUUUUUUAACUGGUUCUUAGCAGUGUCUUAAGCACCAGAAAUGUGUAGAACCUUAAAAUGAUUUGAUAUGGUUUGUGUAAACUAGAUUUUUAAUUGGUUCUUAGCAGUGUCUUGAGCACCAGAAAUGUUUAGAACCUUAAAAUGGCUUGAUAUAGUUUUUGUAAACUAGUUUUGGUACAUCAGAGUAUAUGAAAAGACCUUUAUUGAACUUAAGAUAUAAAGUUGAUGAAACGUGUUUUGUGUCAGGUGUUCUUGAUUUUAAAGAUUUUGUGGCCUUCUCUCUGAAAAGCAAAGCGGGUUGAAUGUCUUCCAGUGCUCUGCAGUACUGUACAGUUAUUUGUAAGUGAUGAAUGCAUAGACAUUUCUAUGGUUUAAGUUAUUUAUUAAGGAAAAAAAUCAAAACAAAAGCAGGUACUCAGUAAUGUUAUUGAAAGUGGUAUUAGAUUAGCGCUGAAAUCGCCGUAUGUGUAAAUCUUUGUUAUUAAAAGUAAAUCCAGCUUUAUUAUAAUAUUGAUCUUGUAAGUUCAGGUUCAUUGGUUUAAUUUUGUCAAUUAAUUAUCUGUAGCAUAUCCCCCCCCCCAACCCACACACACACACACACACACCAAGACAAAUUUUUGAAAA